AUGAAGUCGACCUGGGCCAUCGUGGCCUCGGGCCUCAUCGCUGCAGCAUCAGCUUGUCCUGCAGCACGUAACACCCAGACCUGGAGCCAGCUGCGUGAAAACAUUAAGCACGUCAUCUACCUCACCCUGGAAAACCACUCCAUCGACAACAUCGCCGGCUACUGGGACUUCCACCCUGACAUCGACAACCUGCGCAACAUUGACUACUGCAACGAAUACACCAACCCCAAUUGGACUGUGUGGGGAGAGCCACUGGAUAUCUGCGCUGGUCCAUACGAGACCGAAGUCCCGCUGGCCGAUCCCGAUCACAACUUUGCCGGAGUCACCUACGAGAUCUUCCGCAAGUGGAACAUCACCAAGCAAGACGUCCCCAACAUGGGUGGUUUCGUCGAGUGCCAUCGGAGAACAUUCGUGAUCAAGGCCUAUGAUCAGAAGAAGACGGCGUUGUUGGCAGAGCUGGCACAGAACUUUGCCUUCUUCGAUGCUUAUUUCGCUGAGCACCCCGGCCCAACCAACCCUAAUCGCCAAUUCGCAACCUCCGGAUCCACUUGUAGCUUUGUCGAUAACACUGACCAGGCUGCUGGCUUCUUCAACAAUGUGACGGGUACUACUUGUGCAACAUCGAUCUUCGAAUCGCCGAGCAAGAAGAAGAUCAGCUGGAAGAAUUACUACGAGACCGACAUUGUCGACGCAUUUAAUUACAAGUGGGUUCAAGACAACGCGAUGGACCGUCUCGUCCACGCAGACGAGUUCUACCGCGACUUGGAGCAGGGUACCCUGCCCACAUUCUCGUACAUCAACCCCGAGUGCUGCACCAUCACCUCGAUGCACCCAACCAGUCCCAUGGUAUCUGGUGAGCAGAUGGUCAAGCACCUAUACGAUGCUCUCCGUCGGUCCAAGUACUGGGACAAUGCCCUCCUGAUCAUCAACUUCGACGAGCACGGCGGCUUCGCUGACCACGUCCCGACCCCGAUGAACGUGCCCCAGCCCGAAGAUAAAAUCAGCUUCAACGGCAAGUCGGAGGGUCUCCAGAUCAGCUACGACUUCACUCGCCUGGGCGUCCGCGUCCCUGCAUUCCUGAUUUCCCGCUUCGUCCCCGCAAACACCCUCAUCCACCACGAAGGUACCUCGUACGCCAAGAUCUCUGCCUACACCCACACCUCGAUCUUGCAUUUCCUGCAGGAAUUGUGGGAGCUGGAAGGCCUGAACAACCGGAUUCAAUGGGCCAAGACCUUUGAGUAUGUAUUUUCACACACUGGUCGACAGAAUACGCCUAAGACCUUGAAGACCCCAACUUGGGAGGGUGGCAGUGGACAGCCUGAGCCUGAUCCGUUCUACCUGCUGAAUCAGGAUGAAAGCUACUAUGCUUCUCGGUGA